AACUUCCGCUUCACUCUCUCAGUCAGGAGUGUCGACAUCAGGAUUUGUAACUUAACCGUCUUCGUUGAAAGCUUUCAUUUUCGUUUGAGUUCGUUUAAUACAUCGUUUAAUAAGUUUAUACAUUCAACUUUUUAGUUUUAUUUGAGAAAAUAUGAGUCUGAGUGCCACAUUUAGACGUACUGCCGCGUUGAGUCUCUUCGCGCAGGGCGCGCACACGUCGCCUUUGAACGGAUCCGUGCACAAAACCCGAACAGAGGACGAGCUGGACGGGUACGCGGAUGAGAUUGACACCGGAUUAAAACCACUACGGCCCGGAACAAACGGUCUGAAAGGAUUGCAGUUGGACGGGCGGUACGUGUCGGCGGUUGACGGCUCUCUGCCCUGCUCUCCGGACCCGCAGGAGUUCGGUUUUGCCGAACUGGACCGGGACACUCGACAGCUUCUUUCGGAUUUCUUCAGGACAUACGCAGGGGUCUCGUCGGACCGGAACUCUCACCCCGCCUUACCGACGCUCGUGCGCGUCGUGGGUGAUAUUCUCGCGAAACAUCGGAUCACAUACAAAGGUAUGGUUCAGCGGCUACAGUUGGACUCUCAUCCUGAUGACAUGAACAUCAUCAACAGCAUCGCCAAGCAGAUGUUCAGUGACGGGAGCACAAACUGGGGUCGCAUCACAAGUCUGGUGGCGUUCGGGGCUGUUGUUUGCGCCCGUCUCAAAGAACUGCAGAGGGAGAAAUGCAUAGACACAGUGGCAGAGCAGAUCUCCUCCUUUCUGAUCUCAGAACAGCAUGACUGGCUUAUGACUAACAAGGGCUGGCAUGGAUUUGUGGAGUUUUUCCGAGUUGAAGACAUGGAGUCCAACGUUCGAAACGCUUUGAUGGCUUUCGCUGGGUUUGCAGGAAUCGGAGCCGGUCUUGCACUAUUGAUUCGGUGAUAUUAUACGGAGCAGAGUGGUCCUUUGAUUGUAUCACCAGCCAAUCCUGAGACUCCAGCGGUGUCAGGGGGUGAAAUUCAUGAAAGCACUUCUGCUGUGUUCUCAUUAGACGUGGACUGGGCUCUGAGCCUGAUGUGCGCUUUAAAAUCCCGUCAUGGACUGACAGCGCUCAUAUCGGUCCAACAGAUUGUGCUGUUCCUCAGCCAGAAAGAUGUCCUCCACAUCCAGAGUUCAUAUUUUUAAGGGAUAUAUUUUUUUAAUAAAAUUUUAAUCCUGAAA